UUCAGGUGCGCGUUCCCGACACACGGCCUGAGUGAGCGGUGCUUCGAGUCCAGUGAUAAUGAAAGUUAGAAAAGAAACAUGGAGCUUAAUGGCGGCUAAAGUCCGGUACAAACAUGAAUGAUAAGUACCACAGGGCAGCGCGGGAUGGCUACCUGGACCUGCUCAAAGAGGCCACACGCAAGGACCUGAACGCGCCGGAUGAAGAUGGCAUGACACCGACGCUAUGGGCCGCUUACCACGGUAACCUGGACGCGCUGAGGCUCAUCGUAGCCAGAGGAGGGAAUCCUGAUAAGUGUGACAUAUGGGGGAACACACCGCUCCACCUAGCUGCUGCCAACGGCCAUCUCAACUGCCUGUCUUUCUUAGUGUCGUUUGGUGCAAAUACAUGGUGCCUAGACAAUGACUACCACACACCCCUGGACAUGGCUGCCACCAAGAACCACAUGGACUGUGUGCGCUACCUGGACUCAAUCGCUGCCAAGCAGACAGCUCUCAAUCCCAAACUGGUGGCCAAGUUGAAAGACCGGGCCUUCCGUGAUGCCGAGCGCCGCAUCAAAGACUGUGUCAAGAUGCAGCGCAAGCACCACCGUCGCAUGGAGCGCAAGUUCCAAAAGGAAGCCACAGAAGCUUCGUUUUCCGAUGCCAUGAGCUUCUCUAGCUACACCAGCAGCACACUCAGUCGCAAGCUGCACCCCUUCAACACUGCCACCAGUGUGCCAUAUUCUCAGGCUACCCUUCAUGCCACUGCCAGGGGCAAGACAAAGAUCCAGAAGAAGCUGGAAAAGAAGAAGCAAGGCGACGGGACCUUCAAAAUCUAUGAAGAAGGAAGGAAGAGCGUCCGCUCUCUUUCUGGUCUACAGCUGGGCAAUGACGUCAUGUUCCUAAAGCAAGGCACCUACGUGAAUACCAAAGACCGUGGUCGACGUAAUAUUCGCGACAUGUUCCCACGGGACAAUGAAGACGCCAUCUCACGUGCCAUGAGCGAGCCAGACCUGCACGGGCCAGACAUGGACCACUCUGAGAUCAGCACAGACUCAGGCCAUGACUCGCUUUUUAACCGCCCAGGCCUGGGUACUAUGGUGUUUCGACGAAACUAUGUAAGUGGGGGACUCUUUGGCCUCGGCACUCGGGAUGAGGGCAGUGUGGCGGGCAGUGUGGCGGGCAGCGGGCGGUCACCCAACGUGCGUCUGCGCAGCCGGCUGCAACGAUCUCCUAUUAUGGAUGAGGACAGUAUUGGCAGUGCCCGGAGCCUUCAGGCAAGAAAUAUGCAAGAGCUUCCCUGGGAAGAGGUGGAAUUAGGAUUGGAUGAUGAUGAUGAGCCAGAGAGCAGCCCGCUGGAGGUGUUUUUGGCUGCUCACGGCAUGAAUGAGUUCACCCCUAUCUUUAAACGGGAGAUGAUUGAUCUGGAAGCACUGUUGCUGUGCUCGGAUAAGGAUCUUAAGGGCAUCCACAUUCCCCUGGGACCCCGCAAGAAGAUAAUCGAUGCCUGCAAGAGGCACCUAGAGACCAUUGAGGAUCCUGAGUGUAUAGAAGACACAGAGUUAUAGCAGGACCUACGGACCUACGUUUUUGGUCAUACAAAUAGUGCAUCCCUGUUCAUGUAAAACAGGACAGAGAGACACUUACACUCACUGAAUAAAAGUGCAAUUUCUCUGUGGAUUCAUCCAAUGGAGCAAGUCAUAUUAUGAUGAGUUUAAAUAUCAGACAGACAAUAUUACCUUCAGAAAUGGUACAUAUGUUGAUAAACAGUUCCAUAUAAAUAAGGUUGCCAUAUAAAUAAAGACACAUUUUUCUUGGCAAAUCUUGCUGACAUUGCUGAUGAGGACCAGAUCAGCAUUCGAGACUCUUUACAUUGGUACAGAUGGCGGGUAAGUUGUCUACAGAAUAAUUAAUAAUAAUAAUAAUAAUUUAUUAUUAUUAUCUGGUUUUCUCACUAUAUUUAUGUAUUUAUUUAUUAACA